UCAGAAAGACGAAGUAAUGGCGACGAUACUGGGGCCCGAGUCCCCUUGGACGGGAGGAAAGAAAAGGGCUCGUAACAGGAAUGUCCUCACCAGAAUACGGAACAGUCAGAUCGAUGGCCAAGGUUUCAGCAGAGGGACGCAGCUCUCAGAAGCACUUCUUAAGGAAAGAGAUAAGAGGGCGAAAUGGCACGGGAUUCCAGUCUUACUCCAAGAGCUGUACGAGAGCAGCCACCUUAACAGUGACUUUACUCGCACAAACACUGUGCUGAAGGAGCUGUCAUCCCUGCUGUCAGUGGAGGCCAUGUCUUUUGUAACAGAGGACAGGAAGACGGCACAGGAGUCUAGCUUUCCUAACACAUACACUUUUGACCUAUUUGGAGGUGUUGAUCUGUUGGUGGAACUUUUGAUGAGACCCACUCUCACUACGCUACAAAAACCCAAGAUGGAUGAUGACUUGGUUAAGGACUGCCUUAGUGUGCUAUACAACUGCUGCAUAUGUACAGAAGGGGUCACAAAAAGCCUGGCCACGAGGGGUGAUUUUGUCUUAUUUCUCUUCACGCUGAUGACAAAUAAGAAGGUGUUCUUACAAACGGCUACGUUAAUCGAGGAUAUUCUUGGAGUUAAAAAGGAGAUGAUUCAGCUUGAAUGGAUCCCUAAUCUGUUGGGACUGGUGCAGAGCUUUGACCAACAGCAGCUCGCUAACUUCUGCCGAAUCCUCUCCGUCACCAUCUCAGAGCCUGACGUGGGAAACGAUGAUAAACAUACCCUCCUGGCUAAAAACGCUCAGCAGAAACGCAACACCAGCCCUUCUCGGGCUGAAGUUAACCAGGUCACACUCCUGAAUAUCCCUGGCUUCAUUGAGCGUCUCUGCAAGUUGGCCACACGGAAGGUCUCAGAGGCAACUGGAACAUCAAACUUUCUUCAGGAACUGGAGGAAUGGUACACUUGGCUUGACAACACACUUGUGCUGGAUGCGCUUAUGCAGAUAGCAACUGAUGAAGCUGAGCACAGUAGCACAGAAUCAUCUGAUGAGAGUACAUUGGCCACCAUGCCCCUGAGGCAACGUUUGCCUCAGUCCAUGAAGAUCGUCCAUGAGAUCAUGUAUAAGGUGGAAGUCCUUUACGUUCUUUGUGUCCUGCUCAUGGGCAGACAACGGAACCAGGUGCACAAAAUGUUGGCAGAAUUUCGUCUGAUUCCUGGCCUCAAUAACCUUUUUGACAAGCUCAUCUGGAGGAAGUACACUGCCUCUAAUCAUGUUGUCCAUGGACAGAAUGAAAACUGCGACUGCAGCCCGGAAAUUUCCUUUAAAAUCCAGUUCUUGAGGCUUCUGCAGAGCUUCAGUGACCACCAUGAAAAUAAGUACCUGCUUCUGAAUGCUCAAGAAUUGAAUGAGUUGAGCGCCAUCUCCCUGAAGGCAAACAUCCCUGAGGUGGAGGCUCUGGUGAACACAGACAGGAGUUUAGUGUGUGAUGGUAAAAAAGGGCUCCUUACACGUCUCCUCACUGUUAUGAAAAGGGAACCGCCAGAUUCUUCCUUCAGGUUCUGGCAGGCAAGAGCUGUUGAGAGCUUCCUCAGAGGGGCCACGUCAUAUGCAGACCAGAUGUUUUUGCUGAAGAGAGGUUUGCUCGAGCACAUCCUCUUUUGCAUCAUUGACAGUGGCUGCAAGUCCAGAGAUGUCCUGCAGAGCUAUUUCGACCUGCUUGGAGAGCUUAUGAAGUUCAACAUUGAAGCUUUUAAGAGGUUCAACAAAUAUGUCAGCACAGAGGAAAAGUUCCAGGUGUUCCUCACGCAGAUCAACAGCUCUCUGGUGGACUCCAACAUGCUCGUCCGCUGUAUCGUCCUCUCUCUGGAUCGCUUUGAGAGCCAGACAGAAGAUGUGAAAGUGGUUGAAGUUCUCUCCGAGUGCUGUCUCCUGUCUUACAUGGCUCGAGUGGAGAACAGGCUGUCCUUCCUUUUCAGGCUUGUUAACAUCAUUAAUGUGCAGACCCUCACACAGGAAAAUGUGAGUUGUCUUAACACCAGCCUAGUGAUUCUGAUGUUGGCCAGGAGGAGAGGGAAGCUUCCGUUCUACCUGAACGCUCUGCGGGAGAAGGAAUACACAGAGAAAUAUCCCGGCUGUCUGCUCAACAACUUCCACAACUUGCUGCGCUUCUGGCAGCACCACUACCUCAACAAGGACAAGGACAGCACCUGCCUAGAGAAUAGCUCCUGUAUUCCCUUCAGUUUCUGGAAGGAGACUGUUUCUGUACUGCUUGGAGGUGACAGGAAUUCUCCCUGUGCCAUUGUCAGCUAUAUAGAUGAGCCUUACGUGGAGCUAGACAGGGACCUUUUAGAGGAUUGACAUUUUUAGGGUGUAGGGUUGGGACUGAAGAGGGCUGGGCUGUAGGGGUGGGGGGAGGGGCUUGCACGUUCCACUCUGAUUCAGUCUAGAGACCGUACAGAAAGACCUCCCGGCUCAUCCGACUUCAUGCAAUGGCUCAAUGACCCAUCCAUUCUCUACUCUGUGCCCAUGUUCCACUUCAUCUCCAGGUUACAGGGUGCAAAGGAUGUCCCGCAGAGGAUCGCCCAUCUUGUCAUUUAUUGAUGGGAACGCAGUUCCCGGACAGCUAAAGCUGAACAUCUGAACUGAAACUGUCUCGUAUUUUGGUGUUGUUCUUUCGGUGCAAUUUCUAUACAGAAAUAUACAAAGAAAAUAUCUAGGUAUAUAAUGCAGAAAAUCUGUUUCAGCAUGGGAUGUGUCUUGGAUCAAAAAGAACUGAUUCUGAUUGUCUGAGUAUCAAUGAACUCAAGUCAGCCUUCAAUGUAAAAAGAGAUGCUCUUUAUUUAGGAUGAAAACGUCAAAAGAGGAUGUGUGGAAGGAUCAGGAAUGGGGUGAACAGCUCCCCAGCUGCGUCAAAAUCUUUGUAUAGAAUAGAUGAUGGAGGGCAAAGAAGAAUUUCGAAAAGUCUUAUUUAUUUUCUGUUUUUCAUGUAAAUUUGCUCACAUAAUGACAUUGUAAACCCUGUUUCUUUAAUACCAUCCAGUGUGUCUAUACUUUAGUUUUUAUCAAUUACAUGCAAAAAAAAAUUACAUUUUCAGUUAUUGUUUUAAUUUUUGGUAUAAAUGAGUUUUUAAUAGUAGGUAUAAUCCCAUUGUUAAUUUCUGUCAACACUUUAUAUCUUGUGAGCACUGAAGGGGUUUAACAAAAAUAAACUAUGCAGGUUCACUCACACCAUGGACAUAAAUAUCUAGCUAGCUUUCAUCUCCUUUCUGCCAUCUGUUGUUUUUGUCGCAAUCUAAAUAACCAUCCUCUAACUUAACAGGCCUCGGCCGUCGACAAUCUUUGUUGCACUCAAACACGCGCCUCCUUGGUGACCGGGAACCUGCAAAGGUGCUGCUCCGCUGCGUUCGCUAUGUGUUGGAUACGUUAGCUGAGCUAGACUAGAAGCGCUAAUCUAGAAACGUCCAAUCAACUACCUCGUUUCAUUUUCUAGCCCACUCUUACAGUUAAGCAUGCUUUUCCAUGCUGUGGUUUUCUCUGCACCAAUUUUCACUUUGUAUGCAAAAGUUCUUGUGUAUACAUGACAGUAUAUGUUUCACAAGAAUUGCUUGGCUUUUACCCCUGAAUGUUCGCGGGUUCUCUUAUGUUCUCCAGAUAUCAGUACUGUGUCAUGGUGCUCUGCAUUGGCAAAACAAUUUCUUACAAUUCAUAUUAAGGUGUUUGAAUGCUACCAUUUACACAUUUUUUGUGCACUUCUUUUGACCCCAGCAAUUUCAGAAUGUGUAUAAUUUGUCCUAUAUUAUCAGCCGUGGUGUGAAUGUACAUUUUCUGAUGAGUGACAAUGUUAGUGUGACGUGAAUGAUUGCUGCAUAAACAUACAUAGGAUAUCAAUGUCGCUUAUUUGUUUAUCUACAGCUCUUGGUUCGUGUCUCACAUGGGAUGAAUUAGUUUUAAAUAUUGACAUGUUCUUAUGUAGCUCUGUCUUGAUGGGGUUAAUUAAAACAAAACAAGGAAAAGUGAUAGUCAUGUCAAAACCAGAAAACUUGCUUUAAAUAAACCUGAUUUCACAGAUUUUAUAGUGUUUACGUAUUAUAAUGGCAUCAUCGAUGGUUCAUAUUUUUUGUUAACACUUAACAAUAAGGUUCCAAUUGUAAACAUUAGUUCGGUAUUAUGAGCUAACAAUGAACUAUUUAUUUUUACAGCAUUUAUAUAAAUGUAUGUAAAGCUUGGUUAAUGGUAGUUUAUAUAAAUACUGUUGUUCAUUGUUAAUUCUAGUUCAUAAUGCAUUAAAUAAUGUGAACAUGUUCAACUUUUAAUUAAAAAAAUAAUUCUGGUGAAAUGAAAAUGUAUCAAGAUUUAAGGAAUAUACUGGGUUCAAUACAAGUUCAGCUCAAUGGACAGCAUUUGUGUCAUACUGAUACCACAAAAAUGAAUUUCGACUCGUCCCUCCUUUUCUUUCAAAAUAAAAAUGGAGCUUACAGUGAGGCACUUACAAUGGAAGUGAAUGGAUAAUAUUUGGAGGGUUUAAAGGCAGAAAUGUGAAGCUUAUAAUUUUAUAAAAACACAUUAAUUGUUCUGUUAAAACUUGUGUAUUAUUUGAGCUGUAAAGUUGUUUAAAUGGUCACAUUUACUGUCAAGUUAGAGUUUGUUGACAACAUCGUCAUGGCAACAAAGUUGUAAAUUGGCUACAAAUUUAAACAAAAGUUUAGUAAGUGAUUUUAUUUCACAAAUCAUGUACACACGCAUAUCCUUUGUCUUGUGGUGGUACUUUUGAAAAAGUGUUUUAAUGUAAAAAAAAAAUUGGCCCCCAUUCACUUCCAUUUUAAUUAAAGUGCCUCACUGUAACCCAGAUUUUUUGCCUUUUUUUUUUUUAAAGAAAAGGAGGGGCUUGUCAAAAUGUAUUUUGGUUGUAAUCAAUAUCAUGCCACAAAUGCUGUCGAUUAAGCUUCACUUAUAUUGAACCCAGAAUAUUCCUUUAAGCAUAAACGAUUACCAUGAUUUCACAUUGCACGCAUCUGUUGUGCGCAUAAUCGUUAACGUUUUGAUGUCAAAAGUUGAGACUAAUCUGAUAAAUUCAGAUCUCAUAAACAUGCUUUUCUUGCAUUUUUGAGCUGAUUUUAGGUAUUUAUCAGUGUAUUGGUGUGCAUGUAAAUUCCCUCAAUUGAGCAGUUUUAUUUGUUUAUCACAUUUAAAUUCAAACCGAAUAUAUUUUAGAAUUUUCUAUUGCUUUUUAUUUGAUCAUUUCUGUAUUUCCAUGUAUUUCCAUUCAUUUCCACAAUAAUGUUGAAAACGUUUCUUGUCAAGUAUUCACUACACCACUCUCCUGUGGUGGUGGUGUAGUGGUCUAAGCACAUAACUGGUAAUCUGGUAAUCAGAAGGAUGCUGGUUCGAGCCCCACAGCUACCACCAUUGUGUCCUUGAGCAAGGCACUUAACUCCAGGUUGCUCCGGGGGGAUUGUCCCUGUAAUAAGGGCUCUGUAAGUCGCUUUGGAUAAAAGCGUCUGCCAAAUGCAUACAUGUAAAUGUAAAUGUAAACAUGUUUGCUUAACAUGCGACAUUAGUCAUUAACUUUAAAUACUGUGCCUUUAUGAAAAACACCUUAUUUUCCUAAAAACAAAAACCAUCUAGAACUCAGCAUUUCAAGCAUGUGUGCAGUGGAGACCUAUUUUUAAGUCAGAACUUUUGCCUUAGGAUUUAUUAAAAAAUUCACACAAACACACAUGCAACGAGAGAGCCAUCCUCUUCACU